AUGCUUACCGAAGAAACGCAAGAUGAUAUGUUGAGAGCUAUCCCUGUUGAACAGCUGACACAGACGGUUAACGACGCCUUGGAACUUACAAGAGCCCUUGGCUACGAAUACCUCUGGAUAGAUUAUCUAUGUGUACUGCAAGAUUCGAAUGAGGAUUGGGACAGAGAGGCUCGCAUGAUGCCUAAGGUGUACGCCCAAGCUACAUGCACAAUAGCAGCAAGCCAUGCAUCGGACGGUUCCUAUGGACUAUUCUCUCCGAGAAAAUGGAAUUCGAUUAUUCCAAACGCUAUUCAGAGCCAGCUAAAUGGGCGCGACUUUCAUCACAUCCCUUGCGAUAGUACGAUGUACGAAGAGAUAACUCAGUCGCCCCUCAAUGAUAGAGCAUGGACAUACCAGGAAAUGAUACUCUCAUCAAGAGUUCUUCACUUCGGCCCCGAGCGAAUCUUUUGGAACUGUUCUACCCACAAUCUUUCCUAUAGUUUCCCGCAUUACUCCCCUCUCACUUUGUUUUACAAUCCUCUUGGGUCUGGUUCUCUGAAUUCUUACGCCACUAUCCGCGCCAGGGCAACGCACAACUAUUUUGAGGUCCAAAGGCAGAAUGGAAUGCUCGGGUUCAUCCCCAAUAUAUAUCCCCGUGUGUCACCAAACGAUAUAAUACUUGACGAGACACUGGGGAAGGGAAAUUUUGAAAGCCUUGCAAUUCAAAGGUCCCAAUACGUCCCUGCGUCCUCCAGGCGUAAUUUCCAUCGCCAUUUGUGGAACCAUAUUGUUAAGGAAUAUUCCCAACGCCAACUAACACGAGAGAGCGAUAGGCCACUUGCAAUAGCCGGAAUUGCCAAGGAGAUGGAAUUGGUUUUCGGGUCUUCUGUCGUGUGUGGGCAUCCCGUAGAUGAUCUCUACGCUAACUUGCUCUGGCGGCCAGGAGAAUCUACAUGUAGAAGAAAAGACGGCAUACCUUCUUGGUCUUGGCUUUCAGUUCUUGGAAUGGUUGAACCCUAUCUAGACGGAACAGGCACUCUUGGUCCCAAAAUUCUUAUUGACAGAUGCCAAUUGGCAAAAGACUCUCUCGAUCUCUCAACAGCUGUAUUGAAACUCCGUGGGAGGAUAGCCGAAGCAUAUCUAGACCGGGAUUCACUCAUUUACCUGAAGCAGCCCGGCACAAAUGAUGCUGGCAAACAAAGGCUUCGUCGGUCCGGUAUCGAUGCCAUAUGUGAUUACCCCUCCGAAGUUUUCACGACUAGGCAGGAUAUUGUGCGGCAAGACCUUGUAGAGCUGUUUCUUCUACAGACAGGGGGUUAUGGAAAAGCUUACGAUGUGGAUACCCCAGAAGCAUGUGGGCUUAUCCUCGAAAAGAGUGAACAAUCUCAAACAUUCAGCCGCUUGGGGAUAUUCUACGGAAACGACAUCAGUCAACUACUCAAUGCCUUCGAACUGUUUGAUAGCUCUCCCGAGAGUUCAGGCUGGGCCAGUACUCGAAUUGGGCAGUGUAGAGUAUACGAGGUUAACCUGGUCUGA